AUGUCUGAGCGAAUUUUCAUUGAAAAUGUUGAGGAUAGAAAAUUGAAGCAUAAAAUGGAGGAGAAGUCAGAGCCAAGAUUUGAGAAGGAACCAAAGGCAAUACCAGCAUCCUCUCAAUCUGAUGUUGAGGCUAUAGUUACUCCAAGACUUGACAUUUGCACCAAGUCCACUUCCGCGCCAUUGGAGAUUGGUGAACAUUCAACUUCAUAUAAGAAUGCUACUGAUGAACCUUUACCUGAGCAAGAAGUGAGGGAAAUCCCUUGUCAUUAUUGCGACAAGAAAUUCUCCUCUCCUCAAGCAUUUGGAGGUCACCAAAACGCUCAUAAGCGUGAACGUUACUUCAAAAAAAUUGAAGAACAAAGGAGAGAGGAUGAAAUAAAUUCAAUCAUAGGAUUUAGAUCUAGUAAUCAAAUAUACCCUUAUUCAUUUUCAAGCCCUAUUAACUAUCAAAGGUAUUCUUAUUUUCAUAAUGCUAAUUUCCCCCACCUAAUUAGCCCUAGUAUGAACAAUACCAUGACUUCUUGGGCUAGUGGUUCUCCUUCUAGUGGCUAUGGUGGGUUGUAUAUGCCAAAUACAACCCCUACAAUACCCCAAUUUGUGAUGCAAAUGCCAAAUUCAUCCUUCACAACACCACAAUUUGGGAUCCCUAAUUUUUGGGAUGGAAAUCAAAAUGCUUCAUUGCCAAUUCCACAAAGAUCAAACACUUUCGGUUUGGGGCUUUUUUCUCAAGCAAAUCAAACCCCUUCAAUUGUUGAAGGUGCGGAAAGAAAUGUCAAUGCUCAACUUGGUUCUCAAACUCUUCAACUGUUACCUCGUGAUCCUAUUAGAGAAGGGCCAAAUCAAGCAAAUCUCAAUACGUCUUUAUCAUCAGCUCAAUCAACCACAGAGGAAGUUAACUUGGAUCUCACCCUUUAA